AUGGAAUCUAAUAGUGGCAUAACAAAGGAACCGUCGAAUUCAGACAUUUUAACAUAUCUUAAACGGAUUGACGGUAGAAUUUCUGAAAUGGACAAAAAAUUUGAGGCAUUUGAGAAACUUGAUAAGAAAGUUGAAGGAUUUAGCAGUGAGUUGAAAAAAAUAUGGAACUAUUUGCAUGACAUUGAUAAAAAAACUAGCGAAAGGCUAGCAUCAAUCGAGGAUAAAACUGAAAGCGUAGAUUUUGCUCUAACACAGACAAGUAUAAAAAUAUCAACUCUUGAAAAACAAAAGGAGGAACUAAGAAAUGACAUGUCAUAUUUACAGGCGCAGUCUAUGCGCAACAACCUCGUGUUUUCAAAUAUCCCUGAGGCCCCGACCGAAACUAGCGAAACUACCGAGGUUAAACUACGGGAAUUUUUUAAAGAAAAAAUGAAAAUCGCGGAAGACCUAGUGAACAAGAUGUCCUUUGAGAGAGUUCAUCGAAUGGGAGCUAAGCAUGACGGAAGAUGUCGCAACAUUGUUGCCAAAUUCACACUAUAUAAAGAAAAAGAACUCGUCCGAAAACAGUGGAAGACAUUGUCCAGUACUCCGUAUUAUGUGAAUGAACAAUUCCCAAAAGACAUCGUGGAUAAAAGGAAGAAGCUCCUUCCUAAAAUGAAAGAGGCCCGGCGUGAAGGUAACACGUCCUGGAUAUCAUAUGACACCCUCUACAUUAACGGCAAACCUGUACGUGACUAG